AUGCUGUUCUAUUGCCAAGGAAACAAACCAACAGGCGAAUUUGGAUUGGUUGGCACCAACGCGGAUUCGAGUCCCGCGUACGAAAAUAAGGUGCCAACAUACUGUAAUUUAUACCCCCGUAUCUGUCGGUGUGAGGACCCCUGGCGUGUGUGUAAAGAGUCUCAAAUACUUGCAUCGACCACAACCACCGCGGCACCACCUUCGAGGUCACUUCAGGUGACAGUGAGUUCGCCACCGCCACCGUUAACGACGGCGGCAACGACUCGACCUUCGAUAAAACCACCGGUUAGAGUGGAAGAACAGCCCCGCGUGAUGGAUGCGGGUCCAGGAGAACCCGUCGAGAUCAGUCCGUCUUCUGGUCUGGCGCCUCUUUCACCACGGCAAAGAAUUCGGACGUUUGCCUCGCCUGCCUGCGACCCUCCGUGCGAAAAUGGUGGAGGGUGUGUGCAGGCAUCAAGCGGCGACUUUGUCUGUGACUGCUCUGAAACGCUCUACUGGGGCUUGACAUGCACUCGAGAACAUGUCGGGUGGAUGUCACAAAACGAAGACAAAUCCUCCACAAGACCGGCACAGGAAGCGUUUGCUAGCUUCAGCCAACUGGUAAAUGGACGCGUUCGGCUUCGCUUCAUCUUCCGACACCCGGUGAUCGGUCGGAAGGUUGCUUCUCAAGGACGAAUUCAAAGAUCCGUGCCUGAAGAACCACCAGGCCGCGAUAUGGCGCUCGUCACUUUUGUAGGUAGCUCAGGAACACCCGUCUUUGGCCUCGUCCUGACUGGCGGUGAAUUGUUCUAUGUCUGGAAGAACGAUUCCACGUUUCGAACUCGCCUCGAUCCAUGUAAUCGGCAGACGACCCAGCUUGCACCGAACGACGGUGCACCACACCUUGUCCACCUGGAGCUCCUUGGAGCGUUCCUCCGCGUAAAAGUCGAUGGAAUUGCCUUCUAUCCUCGCGCGUCAACACCGCCGACGUGCGAUGCUUGGCGUUACUUUGCCGGUGGCUUGGAUGGCAACGGUAGCACAGCGGUAGAACCGGAUGCUGCAGAUGAAAAAGAGGCCACUGCAGCCUUCCAAGUAAUCACCCUCGGAGCUUGGUCCAACGGUGACGACGCAUUCGACGGAGCUAUCGGAGGUUGGUUGGUAACGGACGCCGAAAUGAUCAGACCGAAGUUUGUGGAAGCCUACGACACCCCGAAUACCAUUUAUCGACUGAACAACAGGUUUGAUCUCUCCGGAGGUAGAUUCUACUGGGUCCGCCUGAACUCCCUCACACCGGUCAUCGUUCUCCACGAUUCGGGUGAGUUGAAAAACACGCUGUCUAGCAACCCAAGAAGUUGGUUUGGGAAGAAAUCUCGAGGUGUGUGGAGUGGACUUGGUGCCAGAGUGAGGGCUCUACUUACGUCGUUUCGGUGGAGCCCAGACUACCAACUGGUAGGGGGUAGAAUCUGUUCGGUGUCACGGUCACCAGUUGAUAAGGCUCCGAUCUGCGACCCGAACCCGCGUAGCGUAACUCUCUGUAACGAUCAACACGCCCCUCCAAAACCCACUGGAGAUUACACACUGAUUGGUCCGAAAUUCCCUGAUAAAAUCGAUAAUUCAAGUGCCACUACGACACUGGGGGACUUGCCGGUCGCUGUUUGGUUUUGGAUCGUCGGUUGCGUCGUCCUGGGCCUCCUAAUGACACUGCUGGUCGUCUGGAUGUGUCUUCGAGUGCGUCGGCGCAGGAAGCCCGACAUCAAGGGCACGUGGCGUCGCGGCUACGUCUCCAUCAAGCGCAUGACCAAGUCGCCUGCGCCGCUUUCGUCGUCGACGACACGUCGGCUGACCACAGACGACGCCGCACGACCCCUCAAGACCAAUGGGCAUUUGUUACCCUCCAGUGUUUACCGGAUGAAAGCCAACACAACUGCCAACAGCGCAAGCCCGACGGAACCAGUUGACAACCUCUGGCGAGCAAGGAUGCUGACUCUUCAGCCACUCAAUCGGCCGGUCAGUGUGAUUGGUCCGACACCGAUUAACGCCGGGUCGACGAACAGCCUGAGUGAGUACGACGAUACGGACGAUAUUGAGGAGAUUCUCGUCACACCUGACGGCGAAUCGGUUAUUACCCUCUCGACCAAUCACGGCAUCUCCGUUAAGCAGUGGAAUACACACGAUGGUAUUUGCCACAAGGAGAUUUUCUCGCGACAGAAGACCCGUUCGACGGCGUCAGAGACGCGUGGGUUUUUGGCGCUUCACAAGGAAGCUGGACUGUUAUUCGCGGACGACCAGAACCUAGCCCAGUUGCAUCCAUUCAGUCCCAAGCUGCCGUCAGCCGCGGUGCAGUUGCCGUCAACGAUCUGGGGAGUUUUCCCGUUCGGUGACCUUUUCCUCAUAGUGGCUGCUCCACUGGCAGACGACAGGGACUCCUUCGCUUCUCUCCACUUCUGGUCGCCGGUUCUCAAGCUAUUCGUGGUCCAGAGUCGACUGAGGAUCAAGACGUCGUGGCGUACCAAGGGCUACCUGCCAUCGAACGCCAAACGCUUGCCACCUCUCCUCAGUCCGAGUCAAGAGAAAGUCCUUUUGCGCUGGUCCUGUCCUGCCGUCAAUACCUACUCCUUCUGCAUUACCGUCGACAUGUCCGCCGUUUCCAAGGAAGUAGCUUCAAAGCCGAAUCCAGUGAUUGCCACCGAUCCGCACAUUUCAGCUACGUUGACAAAGCACCCCAUAGAUCUGCGUAGAACUACUUUUCUCACGGAGGAUUACGGCGUUACAGGCGAUAGUCGUGGAUUCUUGCACAUCUGGGAUGUGCAAUCAGGCACUGUCUAUUGCACAGUGCAGAGCGACCCCGUGCCAAUGGAUGGUCCAAUUUUAAACGACUUCUCGCACCUACCGGUCGAUCCUCGCGCCAUCCCCAUCACCGCGUUGGCGACGAACGAGUCGACCGCGGUCGAAAACGGCCGGUUCACGUGGCUGUGCUCGGGCGACGAGUCGGGCUGCGUGGUGGUGCGUCGGUGCGUGGCCACGGAGAAUGGCGCGUCGAAGAACAUCGCCGCACGAGUCCACGCCAAGUUCCGGCCGUAUUCUCGAGUCACGGGGGCCUACUCGGCGGACACCGUCACUUGUAUUCGUCUGCUUAACCGCCCCAGACGCCAGACGAACAAGCCCGAGGCAUUUCUGGCCACCGGUGAUUCGUCGGGGUGCGUACGUGUCUGGCUGUUGCCGCAGUGCACGCAAUUGGCCCAGCUCUCCGCCUCCUGCGAGUCAAGUCUCCGUGACCUCGUACUCACCCAGCCGGCGAGUAGUGCGACCUUGAGCAGCCAAUGGGUGCAGGUUGUCGGCCUGGUGCGCCGUGAUAGGUCAGCGGGUUCGAGCUACGAACACGGACGCGUCAUCAUCGUCCACCUCAGUGCAAGCGAAGAUAACGGCGUCAGGAAUGCCAUGCACAGUCCUAGGAUUAGAAUUAUCCAAAACCAGAUGACCACCAGACCAAUUUAA